GUGUGUGUGUGUGUGUGUGUGUGUUUCCUCUUCUUCACCCAACCAGUAUCAUAACAAACUACAUUUCCGGUCCAGCAGUACCGCCUUUCAUUACCCAUUGGCCUCCUGCUCCUCUGAUGCCUGAGUACUACAACCUGACCCUUUCCUGCAGGACAUGAGGAGAGUUGAAGCCAAGACGGAGGAGCUGCAGAGGUGCCAGGAGGAGAAGCUAGCUCUGAAGGCCCAGCUUGAUGCACUGGGACUCUCUCUGGCCAAGCUGGACAUAGCCAUAAAGGACAAUGAGCUCAGGACCAUGGAGGCUGGCAGUGAGAAGCAGAGGCUGGAGGGCCUUGUGAUCCAGGCCAGCGAGGAACAGGAGAUCAAGAAGAGGGACGAGAAGUUGGCAGUGCUCAAGGAGGACAACCAGAAGAAGAAGGAUCAUCUGGCCCAGCUGCAGCAGAGAGUCAGCUUCAUCAAUACAACCAAGGAGAAACUGGACAAGCUCAUAGCAAUGCUGCGAGAGAUCCAGCAGGAAAAGUCAAAGGAGAAGGACAUCCAGGCAGUCAUCCAGAAGAGGGUCUCCCAAGUCACCGAACUUCAGGAGGAGAUCAAGGACCAAGAACAGAGUAAUCUGCAAUUAACUCAGCAGCUCACAGCCUCAGAAACCAAGCUGCAACACAUCCACCAGGCGUGGGACCUCAAGCAGGACAGCCUCAACAAAGAGAUCAAGGAGCAGAAACAGGUUCUCGAGGACCUUGAGCGCAACCAGACGGAGCAGGACAUUGUGUGCAAGGAAGUGAGUGAUGACGUGGCUGACCUGGACGGGCAGAUCAGACAGUCCAUGGAGGAGAUCCGGAACACCAACAUCAUGAUAAAGAACAACUACAAGCUUAUCCUCGAUGCUAUGGAGGAAGGCAACGUUGAGCUGAUGUCUGCCCUCACUGAGGCCACCAAGUGUGUGGAGGAGUUUAGGUCUGCAGAGUGACUCCAGUCCUCAGGCGGGCCAAGGCUUCAGAGGAUACCAGGCUGAGGAUCAAUGGGGAUUCAGUUCUUACUUCCGGACUUUAUAUUUUCUAAGGCUUAUGGAUUUACGCCUUUAUAUUUCCUAAGGCUUACGGUUAUACUAUAGUGUUACGUAGUGUUGUCGGGAGCAUUUAUUGGUGCAGCAGUUACUUGCAUCCUGAGUGUUGCAGGGUGUGGCUGUUACUCUGCACUCGUGUACCCAGGCAGGUUUUUACACACCUUUUCAGGCACUUGUGUACCCAGGCAGGUUUUUACACACCUUUUCAGGCACUUGUGUACCCAGGCAGGUUUUUACACACCUUUUCAGGCACUUGUGUACCCAGGCAGGUUUUUACACACCUUUUCAGGCACUUGUGUACCCAGGCAGGUUUUUACACACCUUUUCAGGCACUUGUGUACCCAGGCAGGUUUUUACACACCUUUUCAGGCACUUGUGUACCCAGGCAGGUUUUUACACACAUUUUCAGGCAAGGUAUUUUGCUUUCAUAUCUUCACCUUAGUUUCAGGAUGUCAUUUUCACUUUUUGUAGAUUUUUUGUAUAUUGCAAACAUUUAUUUUACUAAACUUCUACAAAUUUUGGUGAUUUUCCUUCCAUACUCUGUCUUUCACUACAGUGGUAAUAUAUGUAUAUCUCCAUAGUAAAACUCUAAUGCUAAUAAUUCA